CCUACACUUACCCUUUGUGUUUCUAUGUGUCUGUGUGUUUGUCUCUCUGUGCGAAUAAAUGCUUCAUGUCUUUAAAAACAAAACAGCAAGUAAACGAAAAAGUGAUUAAGUGAUUACUUAAACGAACAUUUCCCAUUAAAAAUCAACCCAAAAAAGGAGAAAAAGUGCCGCAAAAAAACAAAAAUUAUUAAUAAUACGACGACAACUUCCUUGCACUAAAGUACCAUUUGGGGCGCGUUGUGCGAGUGACGUGGUGUGCGUGUUAAAUAUUUUGCGUCUACGUUUACUUUAAUUAAUACAUCCUCAUUCUCGUCAAAGUUGUUGCUCGCACUGCCGUCCUUAUCUUUCGUCACAGUGGUCCUGUGUUUCAUGCUCAGUCGCCUCCUCAAGGACACAUACACAUAAACCAUCAUCACAACAGUAUGUGUGAUCCAGAAAAGCAACAACGGCAGCAGCAGCAGCAGCGGCUGCUGACUUCCGUUGUAACAGAAUCUUCGAGCCUGGCAUCGACACCUACCAACAAUAUACAACAGCAGCAAAUGUCAGAAAGCCCAACAGGGCCUACCAAACUGGCACAUCAAUUUUGGUUCUCAUAUCCGCCACCGGGCGCUGGCGGAGGCUCUUCCAACAGCAAGACAUCGCAAACGGACGAAGAGAAACAACGCGAUCGUCAGCGUAGUGAAAGAGAAGCAAAGAAGGAGGAACAGGACGCCAUAAACUAUAGAAAGGAUAGAGACGCCCGUGAAGCUCGCCUAUUGGACUUUGAAAUUCGUCGUCAACAAGAACGUGAAAAGAAAAAAGAGGAGCAAAAACUCUUGCAUCAGCAACACCAACAACAGCACCAGCAGCAACAGCAAUUGUUACCGAGUGAGGAAAGUCCUCCCACCACAUCCGGCCAAGCUCAACAGCAACAAGAUCUACAAGAACAACAAGAACAACAAGAACAACAAGAUACUCAGCAGCAGCAGCAGCAACAGCAACAACAACAACAACAACAACAAACACCCCAACAACAACAGCAGCAGCAACAACAACAACAAUUGAUUAGUGGCAGCAGCAGUGCCCCAACACCGAUCAUACCCACACCACCAGAUCGUGGUCUACCACCAGCCUUUCGCAGUCGCUCCAUAGAGCGUGAACAUCUUUACGAACGCAAACGGCAAUUUUCAGGAGCCGAAACACACGAUUUUAAAAAGCCGCUAAGUACGACACCAUCGCCUCAGGCUAUAACUGGACCACCACCGCCCCCUACACCAUCAGCAGCGGUGGUGGCGGGCCCACCGGCAACAGCUGCAGCUGCUACAGCUGCUAUAAUACCCAUCUUACCAUUAGGGGUUGCCACGUUACGUGAUGACUCCACCGAAUCCGAGGAACAGUCCAUGACAUGCACUCACGCCCAUGCCGAGUCAUGUCAUCGCAUUAUGUGUCGAGCCCCUAUAGCAUCACUCGAUUGCAUGGAGGAGUUCAGUGGUACGGGCGGUCAUCUUGAUUUCGGCCGUUCUCUGAGUUUGGGCUCAAAUCCAGCUCUACCGCUAAGGCCGGGCUCAACACCAACGCCCGGCUUACGUUACAAGAAUUUGGGUAAGAGCGGAUUGCGGGUGAGCAAUGUGGGCCUUGGUACUUGGCCAGUUUUUUCGCCUGGGGUCAGCGAUGAACAGGCGGAAGCCAUACUCAAGCUGGCCAUAGAGAGUGGCAUAAAUCUCUUCGAUAUAUCGGAGGGACAUUCGGAAACGGAAAUUGGCAAAAUAUUGCAAAGAACCGGUUGGAAGAGGACGGCCUAUGUUAUAACCACGAAAGUUUAUUGGAGUACCAAAUCGGAGGAGCGCGGCCUUUCGCGUAAACAUAUUAUCGAAUCCGUCAAGGCCAGUUUACAACGUUUACAAUUGCAAUAUAUUGAUAUUGUAAUUAUACAUAAAGCGGAUGCUAUGUGUCCAAUGGAAGAAAUUGUACGUGCCAUGAAUUAUGUCAUCCAGCAGGGUUGGGCCAUGUAUUGGGGUACCGCCCGUUGGUCUCAGGUCGAAAUAAUGGAGGCCUACACAAACUGCCGUCAGUUCAAUUGUAUCACACCGAUUGUCGAACAAUCCGAGUAUCACAUGUUCUGUCGUGAGAAAUGUGAACUUUAUUUGCCAGAGAUGUAUAAUAAAAUUGGCGUUGGCCUCAUGGCUUGGGGUCCCCUAUCCAUGGCCUUGAGUGAUGCACAAAAUGGUGAGAAGAUUUUUUUGCCCAAGGGUUCGUUUAAAACCAAAAGUCAUAGUUAUUCAUGGACUGAAGACGAAGUCAAUAGGAAUGCUGCCUUAUCGCCUCAGGGUAGUUGGAAUAAGGAACGCAUGGAAGAGGGUCGCCGUCACUGUGAUCGUUUGAAGGAUUUAGCAGCAUUGGCGGAGAAAUUGGGUUGCACCCCUUCACAGCUGUCCAUUGCCUGGUCAUUGAAACAUGAACCUGUACAGUGUUUACUUUUAGGUGCCACUUCUGCUGAACAAUUGCAUCAGAGUUUGCAAUCAUUACAGUUACUGCCACGUUUGUCGACCAGCGUUAUGCUAGAAUUGGAACGGAUAUUAGAGAAUAAACCGGUGCGACCGCCGAUGAUAUCAACACUGGCACUUCGGUGACAAUCAGCAUGCCCUCAGGGGCCACCUAGCCUUAGUGGCGGUGUCGCCGGCGGCAGCAGCGGCAUGGGUCCCUGUGGGCAAGAGUCGCCAAAAAACGAUGAAGUCUCAGCGUUUUGCGGUGAAGAUGGCGAUGCAAAGGAUGCCUCUAAACAAGGCUUUUGCGUUAUUCAGUGACGAAAGGAGUCUUUAGAUAUUGAUAAUAAAUUUAUUAAAGCAAUUAGUAGUAAAACUAGUCUAAGUAGUACAACAAUGACAACAACAAUAAGUAAACAUGAUUUACAAUUGCAACUACAACAACAGCAACAGCAGCAGCAACAACAACAA